AUGGCUGGUUAUUGUUGCUUGGGUUGGUCCGAGGACACGUUGCUUGUCAUCUGGUAUCAGAUUUUACAUAUGAAAAGUAGCUUGAAAAAGGGGCGUGCUUUGUUUGGGCAAUCCCCGAUGCUGGAAGACGGCGAAAUCUGGGACGAAGAUGAUGAGUUCGGCACUGCUACACGCCCGCAGACAUAUGCAGCAGUGGAAACAGAGGCAACAAACCGUGGGCAACUUGCCAAUUUGAUCUCAGAAAGAGCAGAAACGUUGGCAUCAGAUGAUGAACAAAUGUUACGGCUGGCAGCAAUCAAUUCGAGCCUUGUAUCACAGAGACGCAGCAGAAACUGUGAACCAAUUGAUGUUGAAAUCGAUGAAGAUGCGGCCGGAAGUUGCGAGCAAUGUAAAUUCUCUAUCAAAAAAGGAUUUAUAGUAAUGAAAAGUGCUAUGAAACAAGGAUUAAUAUUUCGAACUAUUAAGCAAAUUACUCAAUUUUCAUUUAUAGCUGAUUUAUGUUGA